AGCAAAGUAGAAUAGAAAAGUACAUGUAUCCCAAAUUCUUUUAAUCUAAAGCAUUGUACACAUUGUUUACAUUGACUACGGCUCUGGUCCCGGGAGCCGUGUUUCAAUACCGUUGCAAGAUGGCUGCCGCACAAGCAUCAUCGAAAAAGAAACAGGCGGAAGUUGACGAGGCUUCCAAUGGACUACGAGAGACAGAAGUGCGAGCUUGAAGUUGUGUUGUUAUGGUCACUAAACUAAAAUAGCAGUCUACUGAAACAUUUUAAUGGGAUCGUCUUAUUGUAAGGAACCGUUGAAGAGUUUGAAAGAACUAUGGCGUCGUACGAGGAGCAAGUUUGCCGAGCAAGCGAUGAGAAGGAGCGACAACCACAACAACAGGACGCCAUUUGCUUCUUUACUCCGAUUGUCUUGCACAUAAAAGACGUCCAACAGCUGUUGGCUGGGAGCUUCAGUUCAGAGCGUCCACAGCCCCCCCAUGUCAGAGAGGAAGAGGAGAAGCCAAUAGCCCCCCGAAUUAAAGAAGAAGAAGAGGAUCCACAAUCCCCCCACGUCAGAGAGGAAGAGGAAGAGCCACUAUCCCCCAGUGUUAAAGAAGAAGAGGAGGAUCCACAGCCCCCCCACGUUAAGGACGAAGAGGAGGAGAUUGAUGUCAGCCAGUUGCCACUGAACGUCGUCGUUGUGAAGAAUGAAGACAACAAAGAUGAAGCAUCCGAUUGGCCACAGCUUCACCAUGACAGUCUAAGUGGAGGACCCCCAUCAGACAACCUCUUAGCUCCACUGUCACACAGCGACAACAUGGAAGAUACAAGCGAUGCGGAUUGUGAAGGUGACGACAAAGACUUUGAAAAGAAAACAAGUAAUGAACGUUGUAGAUGCUCACUUUGUGGCAAAAGUUUUUCUUACGAGUGCAUUUUGAUUCGACACAUGCGGAAGCACACGGGAGAAAAACCCUUCAGUUGUGGAGUUUGUGCUAAAAGAUUUACUCAAAAGGUACAUUUGGAAUCACACGCGAGGACACACACGGGAGAAAAACCCUUCAGUUGCUCAGUUUGCGGUAAAAGUUUUGCUCAAAAAGGAACAAUGAUUAGACACAUGACGACACACACAGGACGACCUCCGGACGACGUUUUGGCUCCACUGUCACAGAGCGACUACAUGGAAGAACCUUUGCAGAGCCACACAGACUGUGAAAAUGCACACCUGAGAACACACACAGGGGAAAACCCCUUUAGUUGUUCAGUUUGUGGCGAUAGGUUCCAUCACAAUGUCGCUUUGAUUGCGCACACGGCGGCACACAUGGGAGAAAAACCUUACACAUGCUCAGUUUGCGCUAAAAGCUUUUCUCGUCGGCACCAUUUGAAAGAGCACGUGUGGACGCACCGCGAAGAAAAACGCUUCAGUUGCUCGGUUUGCGGUGAAGGCUUCAGGUACAAACACAAUUUGACACCGCACAUGAGAACGCACACGGGAGAAAAACCUUACACUUGCUCUGUGUGCGACGAGCGCUUUUCCCAUAAGUACAACAUGACGAGACACAUGACGACGCACACAAAAGAAAAACCUUUCACUUGUUCAGUUUGCGGUAGCAAGUUUGCUCACAAGAUCACUUUGAUUUUACACACAGCCACACACAUGCAGAAACACAACGGGGAAUAAAUGCGGCGACCCUUUUUUCAGCAUUUUCAGUUUUUCUCUGAGGACUUUAUGAAACUGAUUUAAAAAAAAAAAAAAAGAUGAACAAAUGGUAUUACUAUGACCGUUUAUGGGUUACAUUUUUGUUCUGGGCUUUUUAUAGCACUUCCUGUGAGGCUUUAGUUGCUGUUUUACAAUUAUUUAUUGAACAUAUACAAACAUUUCAACACAGAACAGGCCAUACAACAAUAGGAAGAUAAAAUAAUAUAAAUAAUGUGAAUAAACAAACAAAUAGAAUGCAGCAGUAGAUUUUGUCCUUUGAUCCAAAUGUACACGUUCAAUAGGUGUAGGAAGAAGUAAAACACACUUUGUUUAUUCUUCUCUUGGAUUUUUUUAAAUACACCUGUUCCCCUGAGAUUGUAACAACUCUCUAAUUUCAAACAACUUCUCAGUACUGUGGCUAAGUCAAUUGUUGUGUAUUUUAUACAUUACCUGUGCUGUUUUGAAUUCAACUAAGUCGUAAGAAUUCAUUUUCGAAAUUCCGUUUGACUGUGUCCUCAGUCACAGAUAACAUGGGUGAGAGACACAUUCCUAAUAUUUGUUGUCGUUUUCCAAGGGAAAAUGUGUUUAUUAAAUAUGGUGUGAUUGGUGUUUUAUUUAUUUGAUCAGUUGUAACAUCUGGUAAACAUCUGUUCUUUAGUUUCAAUAAAACACGUGUUAA